ACUCAUCAAAGUUAGAGCCUUCUGCUUCCCAUUCAUUUAAAGACGAUUGCAAAACCGCCCUCCAACGCAGACGAUCCAGCUGAGCAGACACUGGGUGAUCAGAUGGAAGACGAUAGUGAGGAUUCAUCCCAGUUAGGAGCCGCCUGUUACCGGUGUCGAGGAUUUCGACAUGCCUGUGAUCCUUCAAAAGGCAACUGAGACCCUAGGCGAACGGCUUAAAAAAUUUGGUGAUAGGUUGAAGACGACAGACGCUAAGACGACAGACCCUUUGACUAAAGAUUCCAAAGGCAUUUCUUUGCAACGCCUAGCAUCUUCUAACUCGCUACCAAGCGGCCCAUCGCCGCCGCCAGCGUCAGCUAGCUCUUUCUCUGUUUAUCCUUGUUCCAAGUGCUUCAAAGACCUUCAGCAGUGCGACUUGACACAACCGACUUGUCAGCGCUGCCAGGAAAAUGGAUUUGAGUGUACAUACACGAAAACAGUUCCAAAAGCAAAUCACGUUUCGCAAGUUCUCACCACAAUGAACAAAGUGGUCGACCAGUGGCAAGAAUCGUUGGACAAGAUGGCAAAAGAUUUUGCUCAAAAAACUCGAGACCUGGGAGCCAAUAUGAAGAUGAAGCAACCUCGCCGGCCUUUUGCCUGGAAAAUUACUUCAACUGGGCGUGGCUUGUCUAUGGAAAGCAGUGUUAAUUCUUUCAAUGAUUUAUCCAAGCUUGUUGAUCAAUUUAAGCGUACCAUGCACAUUACUCCUAAGGAUCCGUUAGAAGAAGAAGCCAAACACCAAGCUGAAAUGUUCGAUGAUACUAGCUCCAUUCACACUGCUUCUGACCUUGGUUUUGCCAUUUGGAAUUCAUGGGCGCACUCUAACAUUUCUUUACCUCAUGACUACGCCCUUGACAUUUCACAACAGUUGAUUGAUAGUCUUGUUCACUUGUACGCCCGUACUCCAUGCUGUUCUCAAUUGCGGCUCUCCAUCAUUGACGCCAACGAUCUUCUGGAACGUUACUCUCUUCCAGAAAAAGAAGUUUCGGAUAUGCUUACCUUUGCUGUGUGUGCUAUGACAGCUCGUAACGCAUUCCAACUACACGUUUGGAACGUCCGUGCAAAGGACGAACCACAGCAAAACAUGGGUAAAGUCUUAUCGACGGCAUUUUGCGUCAAGAGCCGCGAAUUGUUAGCCGAAUGUUUCGACGAACCCAAACUGGAAACCAUCCAAGCUUCCUUUAUUAUAUCCUACUGUAAUCACCUUAAUGGCUACUCCAGCUCCAACACUAUUUACGACUGGGUAGCAUUUGCUAUGGCUCAAGAUUUAGGACUCUAUGACUCUGACCGGCAGCUGACCCAUGAAGAAUCCAUGCUAAUCUGGUCUUUCUACUACCAUAAUACCUGGUAUCGCGUUCUACAGGGAGGUUCAAGUGAUACUCUGCAAGCCAGUCAGUUUUAUCCGCAAAUUCCUUUACCGUCUGUGGACUUGGGAUCAAAUGCCGACCCAAUUGCUCAGCAUGUCAAUAUGGCCUGGCAUCAUCUAUUCAAGUUGCAAGUACUGCGUCAUGAUCUCAUGUCCCGUCUUGUAUCUGCGCAGAAAAUGAAUAGUGAAGAACAUGGACCCCAAGUUGAUCUUUUUGCUAUGCAGGACAAACUGUUUGAAUUUUACAAGGAAGUCCCUGCGUCUUGGCAAAAUCCCCAACCGAUGAUGUUUGCCCGUGACCCUAGUGUCAUAGCCGAUCGAUAUCAUAAUGUAGAAGAACAUUAUGAGAAUGAUCUGAACGAGCUAUCCAGCUACUGUAUUCUUAAUCUUCACGUUCAUUACAACAUCAACAAGAUUCUGCUUUAUCAAGCAUUCUUCCCGGCGGACCACUUCCCGACGACAGCAUUCGCUCUGCAAUGUUUAUGCACAUGUAUUGAAGCUGCCUAUGCCAUCACACAGACACUUGACGUUAUGGUGAACCAUCGCAAUGACUGCAACGUGCCUAUUCUAGGGUUUCUUUUUGCCAAUACGGUGUAUCUUCGACUUUUGAAAUACCCCGAUGAGCGGUUCAGGCAAUUUGCUCGACAUAAUUUACGCCGGUCCAUUCAGGUGUCCAAGACCUGCAACUCUUUUGUGUUUGACUUUGAACUGGCUCAAAAACUGGUGUUCGUUAUGGAACAGACCAUUUGUGCCGUAGAUCCUUCGAUUACUAUAGAGGAUGAUUGUAGCAUUCACGACAUGUCAACAGCUUCCCUCUUUGAACAUACCAAUAUGAUGGAUAUUGAACAAGUUGCUAAAAGCGAACCUAUCCUUUUCGAUUUUGAAUCAGCAUCUUCCCCAGCUGCGUCCAUCAAGGUUGAAGUUCAACCAUCUCUGUUGCAAUCUCCCAACGAUUCAGUUCGACAAAGUUUUGACUCUUUCAACACACCUUUGGUGUCUAGGUCUUCCACCUCGGUGUCUCCCUCACUUUCUUCCAUUAAUACCAUGCAAUUCUCCAAUUUAAACCUUACCCGGCAAAUCUCCCCUGCAGGACCUGGCGUCGAGCUGCCCAACAAGAGCCCAGCUUCCUCAUUUCAACCUGACGAACACAUCGAUGGCCAAUUGCUACCUGACCUUCCCAACAAGUAUACAGGCGAAGAUAAUCUGGUAGCGGAUAUGUGGCAGGCGGUUGAUGAGGUUCGCUGUGGUUUGUAAUCCAUCUUUCCCCCCUAGUUUCCUUUCUGUAUAAUGUGAUACACUACCCAACUACUCUAGUCCCACUCUUUUCCCCUUUUAAUCGCUUUUCCUCAGAGCCAAUUCU